AAGGUGCCGCUCGUGUUUGCGCACGGCCUCUUCGGCUUCGACCAGCUGGCGCUGGGCCCCAAGAGCAUGCCGCUCAUCUUCAACUACUGGCGCGGCAUCACCGAGGUGCUCAAGGAGCGCGGCACCGAGGUGCUCGUGGCGCGCGUGCCGGCCAGCGCCAGCAUCCAGGAGCGCGCCGAGGCGCUGCGCGAUGUCAUCGAGCGGCACUUUGGCGGGCGCGAGAUCAACCUCAUCGGGCACAGCAUGGGCGGACUCGACUCGCGCUACCUCAUCUCGCGCCUCGAGACGAGCUUCACCGUCAAGUCGCUCACGACGAUUGCGACGCCGCACCGCGGAUCUCCAUUCGCCGACUACAUGCUGCAGCAAGUGAUCGGCAAGGACAACAUACCCAGCCUGCUCUCGCUCGUGCGCGCCGUCGGCAUCCCCGGCGGCGGCAAGGCGUUCGAGCAGCUGCAGCUCGCGGACAUGGCCAAGUUCAACGAGGAGGUGAGCGGCGGCGCGUGUUGUGCCCGGCGCUGUGCUGACAGCACCGCAGGCUUUCUCUCGGAGUUCCGCAUCCCGCACGGCAUCAUCUUUGCGCAGGAGGGCCCCAACGACGGGCUCGUGAGCUGCUCCAGCGCCGAGUGGGGCGAGUACCGCGGCACGCUCGCGGCGAACCACCUCGAGCUGAUCGGU